UCGCUCCUUUACGUAAAUACGGGAAUUAAAUACAUCAGCGAGAUGCUGGAUAUUAUGGAAAGAAAGUGAAAAAGCCGGAGUCAAUACGUGUGUCUCACUCGUCUACGUUUUGCACCACACGGCUUCCGUAGCGGAACUGUCGAAACAGCCUCAUGCUGUAUUGUGGGAAGUUUGUCCCUUUACAAACAUGGCGGACCCUUUUGGAGAUGGAUUGUUCAGCGUGUUUGACGAUGAACAAGGUUCUGCUGGCAGAAGGACGCCCACGAGUGCCUCUACAGAAACUGGAAAAUCUGCAGGUAAAAGCGGUGCUGACAGGGAUGCAGGUCCGUCUGCUCUGGUCAAGAGGGAGGCGGACAGUGACGGCGGAGAGGAGGUGGUGUUUGGGAAGAAACCUCGUCAUGAGGCAGUGUCAUCCAGUGACCUAAAUCUCGCAGAAUUUAUGCCUCAAGUGAAGGUGGAGCAGGUGGAAACCGUGGAAGGAUGCUCACAUGAGGUUGCUCUGCCAGCUGAUGAGGAGUAUAAAUCUCUGAAACCAAGAGUGGGAAAAGCAGCUAAGGAAUACCCUUUCGUACUGGAUCCCUUCCAGCGUGAGGCUAUCCUAUGUAUCGACAACAACCAGUCUGUGCUUGUGUCUGCUCACACCUCUGCAGGAAAAACUGUCUGUGCAGAAUAUGCCAUCGCUCUGGCUCUUAGAGAGAAGCAGAGAGUCAUCUUUACCAGUCCCAUUAAAGCACUUUCUAACCAGAAGUACAGAGAGAUGUAUGAAGAGUUCCAGGAUGUAGGAUUGAUGACUGGCGAUGUUACCAUCAACCCUACUGCCUCCUGCCUUGUCAUGACAACAGAGAUUCUAAGAAGCAUGCUGUAUCGGGGAUCUGAGAUCAUGAGGGAGGUAGCCUGGGUUAUCUUUGAUGAGAUCCAUUACAUGAGAGAUGCAGAGCGUGGUGUGGUUUGGGAAGAAACUAUCAUCCUUCUUCCUGAUAAUGUGCAUUAUGUAUUCCUGUCUGCUACCAUCCCGAAUGCCAAACAGUUUGCCGAGUGGAUCUGUCAUUUACACAAGCAGCCUUGCCAUGUGGUUUACACAGACUACCGGCCCACUCCACUGCAACAUUAUAUUUUUCCAGCAGGGGGCGAUGGACUCCACCUAGUGGUUGAUGAGAACGGGGACUUCAGAGAAGAUAAUUUCAACACAGCCAUGCAGGUUCUCAGAGAUGCUGGGGAAUCCGGGGGCAGCAGUGGAGGCGCCAAGUGGGAUCGAAGCCGAAAGGGAGGCACUAAGGGGCCAUCCAGUGUUUUCAAGAUAGUGAAGAUGAUCAUGGAGAGGAACUUCCAGCCGGUGAUCAUUUUCAGCUUCAGUAAGAAAGACUGUGAGGCCUACGCCCUGCAGGUGUCCAAGCUGGAUUUUAACAAUGAUGAUGAGAAACGUCUGGUUGAAGAAGUGUUCAACAAUGCAGUGGACUGUCUUUCAGAUGAGGACAAGAAGCUGCCUCAGGUCGAGCAUGUGCUGCCACUUUUAAAGAGAGGGAUAGGAAUCCAUCAUGGAGGACUGCUGCCCAUCCUGAAAGAGACUAUUGAGAUUCUCUUCUCUGAGGGUCUGCUCAAGGCCCUGUUUGCUACAGAGACCUUCGCUAUGGGUAUUAACAUGCCAGCUCGGACCGUUCUCUUCACCAGCGCACGCAAGUUUGACGGCAAGAACCACCGCUUUAUAACAUCAGGUGAGUACAUCCAGAUGUCGGGGCGUGCUGGCAGGAGAGGAAUGGAUGACAGAGGAAUAGUUAUUUUUAUGGUGGAUGAGAAGAUGAGUCCAGCUGUGGGCAAACAGCUACUAAAGGGCUCAGCAGAUCCUUUGAACAGUGCCUUCCACCUGACCUACAACAUGGUGCUCAACCUGCUGCGUGUAGAAGAGAUCAACCCAGAGUACAUGCUGGAGAAAUCCUUCUACCAGUUUCAGCACUACAGGGCUUUGCCCGGCGUCGUUGAGAAAAUUAAGAAGUUGGAGGAGCAGUAUCACACUAUUGAGAUUCCUAACGAGGAUAGUGUUAUUACAUACUUUAAGAUCAGGCAGCAGCUGGCUAAGCUGGGUAAAGAGAUACAAGAAUUCAUCCACAAGCCCAAAUACUGCCUGCCCUUCCUUCAGCCUGGCCGACUCGUGAAGGUGAAAAAUGAGGAUACUGACUUUGGCUGGGGAGUGGUUGUAAACUUUAGCAAGAAAGCAAACACAAAGGCCUGUGGAGACUCUGAGCCGCUGUACGUAGUCGAGGUUUUGCUUCAUUGUAGUAAAGAAAGUGCAAAAAAUUCUGCAACGGAAGCGGCCAAGCCUGCUGCUCCAGGGGAGACCGGAGAGAUGCAGGUGGUUCCAGUGAUGCUCCACCUCCUCACUUCGAUCAGCUCAGUUCGUCUUUACAUCCCUAAAGAUCUCAGACCUUUUGACAACAGGCAGCUCAUGCUCAAGUCCAUACAGGAGGUGCAGAAGCGGUUCCCGGACGGCGUUCCUUUACUCGACCCCAUCGACGAUAUGGGCAUCAAAGACCCUGGCCUGAAGAAGGUCAUUCAGAAGGUGGAGGCCUUCGAACACCGGAUGUACACACACACACUCCACAGUGACCCCAACUUAGAAUCCGUCUACUCCCUGUGUGAGAGGAAAGCACAGAUCGCAGCCGAGGUUCGAACCGCCAAACGGGAGCUGAAGAAAGCUCGCACCGUCCUGCAGAUGGACGAGCUGAAGUGCCGAAAGCGAGUCCUCCGAAGACUCGGCUUCGCCAGCCCCUCUGAUGUCAUCGAGAUGAAAGGCAGAGUCGCCUGUGAAAUCAGCAGCGCCGAUGAGCUCCUGCUGACGGAGAUGGUGUUUAAUGGCCUCUUCAACGACCUGACGGUGGAACAAGCCACCGCCCUCCUGUCCUGCUUCGUCUUCCAGGAGAACGCCAACGAGAUGCCAAAGCUAACCGAGCAGCUGGCCGCGCCGCUCAGACAAAUGCAGGAGUGUGCAAAGCGCAUCGCCAAAGUGUCUGCAGACGCCAAGCUGGAAGUCGAUGAGGAGACUUACCUAAACCAAUUCAAACCUCACUUGAUGGAUGUGGUGUUCGCCUGGGCCAACGGGGCCACGUUCGCUCAGAUCUGCAAGAUGACGGACGUCUUUGAAGGAAGCAUCAUUCGCUGCAUGCGCCGCCUGGAGGAGGUGCUGCGACAGAUGUGCUCUGCAGCCAAAGCCAUCGGUAACACUGAACUGGAGAACAAGUUUGCAGAAGGCAUCACAAAGAUUAAGAGAGACAUAGUUUUCGCUGCCAGUCUCUAUUUAUAGACACAAGAUGACUUCAACCCUGAAUCGGUCCUACCCAAAGUUAUCCAAACAACUUUCAGAAGGAUUUGCUUCCACUCCAUUUUGUUUUCUCCAUUACAUCUUGAUUAAAGAUUUAUUUUGGA